CGAAUUUGUCCCGCUCCUCUUACUUGAUCACUUUUUAUACUCUCCUUUUUUUAAAAUUCCUUCAAAGUCUCCGUUUCUCUCUCGUCUUUUAUUCAAACAGAGCAGAAUUUCCUUCAAAAUGAAACCUCUCCUCCUCCUCCUCCUCCUCCAGCUCCUGUUCUUUUCUUACAUCGCGCCGGAGAUAGCGUAUUCUUCGCCGGCGUGCAAUUUCCCAGCCAUCGUCAACUUCGGCGACUCUAACUCUGACACCGGCGGGUUAUCGGCGACCUUCGGCCCGACUCCACCCCCCUAUGGCGAGACCUUCUUUCAUAUGCCGGCGGGUCGAUACUCCGACGGCCGUCUUAUCAUCGAUUUCAUCGCAAAGAGAUUUGGGCAUCCUUUCCUGAGCUCCUACCUGGAUUCGCUUGGCACAAAUUACAGCCAUGGAGUUAACUUCGCCACCGCGGCUUCCACCAUUAUAGAUCAAAACACCUCUCUGUCACAGGGAGGGUACAGUCCCUUCUUUCUCGCCGUACAGAUUUUGCAGUUCUCCCAAUUCAUUCCCAGGACUCAAUUAGUCGCCAAUCGAGGACGGUUCUUCGAAUCAUUGAUGCCAAAAAAGGAAUACUUCAAUCAAUCUCUUUAUACAAUCGACAUCGGGCAGAAUGACAUCACCGCGGGCUUGGACGCCGGAAAAACGUAUGACGAGGUCAUUCUACAGACGUUAUGCGUCUUCUACGGCGAAGUUAAGAGGAUUUAUGAUCUGGGUGCGAGGUAUUUCUGGAUUCACAACACCGGCCCACUCGGUUGCCUUGCGUACGUCCUGCUCCGGCGAAACCUCACCGUUGCCGGCGAGCUUGAUUCGGCCGGAUGUGCUGUCUUCUACAACAAGGCGGCACAGCAGUUCAACAAAAAGCUCAACGAGACUUUAGUGGAGAUGAGGAAGGAGCUGCCUCUUGCCGUUAUAACAUACGUCGAUAUUUACUCGGCGAAGUACUCGCUCUUCCUCGAGCCCUCGAAAUACGGGUUUGAGGACCCUCUGAGGGUAUGCUGCGGGUACGGUGGUGGCAAGUACAAUUUCGACUACAACAUCCGGUGUGGGGGCACGGCAACGGUGAACGGCAGUGAGGUUUUGCUUGGAAGAUCGUGCCCCGAGCCAUCAAAAAAGGUGGUGUGGGACGGAGUUCACUAUACUGAUCCGUGA